GCCUAAGCACGUGGUAGCAAAGGUCACAUGACCAGUCUUUUCAAAUCUGUCAGCUGACAGAAGGAUUUUUUGCGUGAGAAAAAGGAUGUCUGUAAGUGUCCAGCCUACCCAGUGGACCUCUGACUGCAAGGAUCAGAAUUUUGAUGGGAUUAUCGUGAUAGCCCGUAGCUUUGACCAGCUCCCCAAUGAGCUUGAGAGCUUAAAAGCGCCCUUGCAGGACUACAGUGCAGUGGACUGUGGCUUAGGUGAAGAAGUCGUGGUUGUUAAAGUUCCUGGUCUCCCUGGAAACAGAUUGGUGUUUGCCUCCACUGGUCCAGUGAACCGGGAUUACGAUGAUGUCAGGCGAUUCAGCGAUGCUGCCAGUAAUGGCAUUAAAAGGGCUCUGAAAGCUGGCAUUCAGCGUCCUCUGCUGGUGUGUCCGCCGCACAACAGCUAUGCAAGAAACACCCUUGCGGCUGUACUGGGGGCUCUGCAAACUCUCUACGUGCCUUUGGAGGUGAGAGAACUCAAGUCAUCCCUUCAUAAAGUCUCUACGCUGGGCAUCUGGGUGAAGGAUCAAUCGCAGGGGGAAGAAAUUGCAAAGCUGGCCAUUGCCCUGGAGAGCGGCAGAUUUGUCUGUCGAGACAUCGGUGGCUCCGACCCUGAGCGUAUGGCUGCACCUCGCGUUGCUGAAUAUGUGCAAGCCGUCUUCAAGGACAGUCCUGUGAAGGUGACAGUCGUGAGUGAUCUGAAAACUCUGGAGAAAGAAUAUCCAUGUUUGGCUGCAGUCAAUCGAUGUGCCAACACUGUGCCACGUCAUCAGGCCAGAGUGAUCAAACUGCUGUACUGCGGUGAAGGACCCAUUGAACAGACUCUUAUGCUGGUUGGCAAGGGUAUUACAUAUGACACUGGUGGAGCUGACAUCAAAGCUGGUGGCAUCAUGGCUGGAAUGCACAGAGAUAAAUGUGGCUCUGCUGCUGUUGCUGGCUUCUUUCAGAUCCUAGCCAAACUGAAACCGAAACACCUGAAGGUUGUGGGUGCGAUGGCAAUGGUGCGGAACAGUGUCGGAUCUGAUUGUUAUGUAGCAGAUGAGUUGGUAGUGUCCCGUGCCGGCCGUACGAUCCGUGUUGGAAACACAGAUGCUGAAGGAAGGAUGGUCAUGGUGGACUUGCUUUGUGAGAUGAAAGAGCAGGCCUUAAAGGAAGUGUCUCCCCAACUCUUCACUAUUGCUACUCUGACAGGACAUGCUAUUAGAGCCAUGGGACCCAACUACUCUAUCAUAAUGGAUAAUGGUGCUGCCCACCGGUCAGGAAAUGCUCUGGAGUGGCAGAAAGCGGGAGAGGUUCUCGGAGAUUUGUUUGAGGUGUCCACAAUUCGUCGGGAGGACUAUGAGUUUCACAAAGGGAAGUCUGAGUAUGAGGAGAUCCUGCAAUCUAACAAUCUUCCCUCUUCUGCCACACCACGUGGACACCAGACACCCGCUGCCUUCCUCAUCAUGGCGUCUGGAUUAGAUAAGCAUGGAGUUGACUCCGACAAACCUUUGCCUUAUUCCCACAUUGACAUUGCUGGAUCCAGUGGGCCAUUCCCUGGUGUCCCAACAGGUGCUCCUAUCCUUGCCAUGGCGACAAAGUACUUGCAGCUUUAAAAAAAUGUUUUGUAUCAUCAUCAGUUUGCCAUUUUUCUGAUGAAUACCUUACAAUUGUAAUACACCACUUAUGACUUGUAUUAUGUGUGUUACUCUUACAUAAAAGCAUACAUUUAUUUGUUCACUUCCGAAUAAAAAUGCAGUCGUGUACACACAUCUAAUCACAAAUUGAAGUCACUCUGAACAAGAUGUUUCAAAUCAGGACACACUUUUUUUUAACCUGUAGCCAUAUUAAAGAAUGUGAGAAGAAGCCAGUCAAUGGUUUUGGAUUGCAAGAAGUAAAUAAAUAAAUUUAGAUAGAUGUGAAAAAAAAACUUUUGUAAAAACAUCCACAUUGUACAAGUGUAUUUAAGGGUGUGCACCAAAAUUUCAACAAAAAAAAAACAUUUUAACUAACAAAAAAGUGUUUGUUAAUAUGAUGGGGUACUGUAAUUUUUCAUACACAUCUAAGAUUUUGUUAAAGGUUUUUUCCUUAGUCCACCUCCAAAAGGACAUUUUUAAGAUGAAACUCUCUGGGUCUUAACAUCCCAACCUUUAGACCAAUCAGGACUGUCUACAUAGUUAAAACUUGCCUAAAACCUUCAGUAGAUGCAGGAUAUAAAUCAGGGAAAUAACUAUCAGCCAGUAUGACAUUUUGUUAAAAGCAAAUAAAUUUUGAUUUAAUUGAAUGUG